UUUAUUAAUCCGACAACAGGGGAAAUUCUCAGUGUUACAGCAGCAAAGGGACAGUAACGAUAAAAAGAGAAGAAGCAACAAGUGUUGGUGUUGGUGACCAGACAUCAUCAUGGUGGCCCGUGGGUUUCUCGUACGAGAAGUGCUACUGUUAGCCUCCUUUCUCUUUCUCUCUGUGCAUGGACAAACCUCAGGACCGUAUUUCAUGGUGACGUUUCCUGCAGUGAUAGAGUCUGGAUCUGAGGCUACACUGUGUACGAGUCUUCUGAAGCCUAAUGAGACUCUGCAAAUGACCGUUUAUCUGGUUCAUGACAACCAGAACAGAACACUUCUACAGGAGACAGUAGAGGAAGACUUUCACCACUGCUCUCAGUUUAAGGCUCCACAGGUUGAGGGUAAAUCAGUGCAGGAGAUCAGAGUAGAUGUUAAAGGUGAAAGUUUUGAGAUGACAAAGAAAAAAAAAGUUAUGUUUAAAUCCUACAACCCACUGACAUUCAUUCAGACUGAUAAACCAAUCUACAACCCCGGCCAAACAGUGAAUUUCAGAGUCGUCACAGUGGAUGCUAAUUUUGUCCCACUUAAACAAGAGUACAGUGUACUGACACUUGAGGAUAAUAAAGGUAACAGGAUCGGUCAGUGGACAACUGUGUCCUCACCAGGUCUGAUAGUGCAGCUUUCACACAAGCUGAAUCCUGAGGCUCCUGAGGGCCAGUAUAUACUGAAGGCUAACAUUGGGGAUAGGUCAAUCACACAUCAUUUUAAAGUGAAGAAGUAUGUUUUACCCAGGUUUGAGAUUACAGUGAAAAGACCAGAAGAACAGAGUGUUGGGGAGGAGGAACUGAAGAUCGAGGUUUGUGGAAAGUACACUUACGGACAGCCAGUACCUGGUAAAGCUCUGGUGCAAAUUUGCCGGAAAUUUAAACGUAAUUUUGAUCGGGGUGCUGCCAGGAUUUCACCGUGCCUGGUUGAACCUGUAGAGAUGAAAGAGAACGGAUGUGCCUCUCCUGUAUUCAACAUGACGCAUUUCAUCAGUUCUGAAUUUGAACAAAAUUUGAAAGAUUCUCUUGAUGUUACUGUUACAGUGACAGAGGAAGGAACAGACAUUUCCAUGGAAAAAUCUGAAUCUAUAAAGGUCACUUAUCUAAUUGGUAAAGUUGAGUUUCUUGAUUUACCCAAAAACUUUGAACGGGACACACUUUUAGAGGGAAAGAUCAGAGUUUCAACCUUCAGUGGAAAACCAAUUCCUAACAAGAAGGUUUAUCUUCUGGAAGGUCGUAGUUGGUCUCCAACACUACUUCAGAAUCUUACUACAGAUGUUAAUGGAUUGGCCAGCUUCUCAGUUAAUACAUCUGAUCACUCUAAAACACAGAUUUCACUAAUGGCAAGUGUCUAUCCAGACUACCAACACCGUGGAUACAAUAAACCUUUCUUUACAUUCAGUGAAGCACAAAUAGCACUCCUCCAACCUGCUACACCGUACAGUCCAGUGUACAGUGAAUUAUCAGUAGAGAGCUUAAAGGAACCGAUUCCAUGUGGUUCUGAAAUUUCCAUAAACAUUAAGUACUACAUUGUUGGAGAAACAACUGAGAAUUACAGCACUGAUAUUAUUUACAUGGUCAUGUCUAAAGGAGCCAUAGUCCAUCAUGGAUAUGAGAAAGUUGAAGUGAAAGAAUCCAAAAAGCUCAUAGAGGGAAAAGUCUCAUUCAGAUUGUCUGUUGAUGUUGGUCUGGCUCCUGUAGUGCAGAUUCUGGUGUACUGUGUGCUGCCUAGUGGGAACAUCAUCGCUGGUAGCAAGAAUUUUAAUGUGGAGAAAUGCUUCAGAAACAAAGUCUCACUGCAGUUCUCUCCCACUGAGGCAGUUCCUGGUGAGGAAAACACUCUCCAGCUCUCAGCUCAGCCUGGUUCACUGUGUGGACUCAGUGCUGUGGAUCAGAGUGUGUUCAUCAUGGAGCCAGGAAAACGCCUGAAUGCUGACGAGGUCUUUAACUUGUUGCCAGUGAAAUCAGUGUCAGGUUAUAACCGUGAAGUUGAAGAUGCGCAGGAGUGUUUGCAUGUUAGACCCAGACAGGUUGCACGGAUAGACCACACUUACAGCACUAUAAAGGGUGUGGGGCUCAAGAUGGCGACCAAUUUGGCUAUUAGAAAGCCGGAAUGCUUGCGCUAUGGACUAUGGUAUAAAAGCCGCUUUCGUGGUCUUGAUCUCGAACGUCUGUUGAAGGGACAGCACAGAAUCUAUGCUGUAGCACGGCGUGUGAUUGACUCACCCUCUGAAUCUGAAUCUGAACGUAUUGAGACUGUUCGCAAAUUCUUCCCAGAAACUUGGAUAUGGCAACUUGCUGAAGUGGGAGACUCUGGAUCAACACAGGUUCCUGUCACUGUUCCUGACACUAUCACCACUUGGGAGACAGAUGCUUUCUGUCUGUCCUCUGAAGGUCUGGGAGUGGCUCCUCCUGCUCAGCUUCGUGCCUUCCAGCCCUUCUUCUUGGAGCUCUCGCUGCCGUACUCCAUCAUCCGGGGAGAGGAGUUUGAGCUGAAGGCCACUGUCUUCAGCUAUCUCUCCAAGUGCAUUAUGGUUAAAGUGACUCCAGCGCCUUCCUCACUCUACACUCUGAAAGCCUCCUCUGAUGGAGAGUAUUCAUCCUGUCUGUGUGCCAAUGGUAGAAAGACCUUCAAAUGGACUCUUGUUCCCUCUGUGCUUGGGGUCCUGAAUGUGACGGUCAGUGCUGAGGCAGAACAGUCACAGACUGUGUGUGACAAUGAGAUUGUGAGUGUGCCUGAGAGAGGCCGCAUUGACACAGUCACACGAAGCCUGCUUGUACAGGCUGAAGGAACUGAAAAGACCAAGAGCCAGAGUUGGUUCCUGUGCCCACAGGGUAACAGUGUUUCGGAGGAGUUGGAGUUGGUUGUUCCUGAAGAUGUGAUAGAGGGAUCAGCAAGAGCUUCUGUUUCAGUGCUUGGAGACAUACUGGGCCGUGCACUAAAGAAUAUUGAUGGACUGCUGAAGAUGCCACAUGGCUGUGGAGAACAAAACAUUGCUAUUCUUUCUCCCAACAUCUACAUUCUUCAGUACCUGGAGAACACUGGACAGCUCACUGCAGCCAUCCGUGAGAGAGCUACGGGUUUCCUUAAGAGUGGAUAUCAGAGACAACUGAACUACAAGCAUGUUGAUGGUGCCUACAGCACAUUUGGCAGAGGAGAGGGAAAUACAUGGUUAACUGCUUUUGUACUGAGGACCUUCGGCAAAGCACAGCGUUACAUCUUUAUUGAUCCACAAAACAUUAACAGUGCAAAGCAAUGGCUGAUAAAUAUGCAGAGACCAGAUGGCUGUUUUAUAAGACAAGGAAAACUGUUCAACAACAGAAUGAAGGGUGGUGUAAAUGAUGAUGUGACCAUGACUGCUUACAUCACUGCAUCAUUGCUUGAAUUGGGCCAUACGUUAGAGGAUCCUGUUUUGGGUAAAGGAUUAUUGUGUUUAAAGUCCUCUAUUGGCAACCUGACAAACACCUAUGCCACUGCACUGCUGGCCUACACUUUCAGUCUGGCUGGAGAGCAUGAUGCUCGAGAGCAGCUGCUAAAGAAGUUGGAUAGUGUUGCUAUUUCAGGAGAUGGUCGCCUUCACUGGUCUCAGUCAGCAUCAGAUGACUCUGACUCCUUGUCAGUGGAGAUCAGCUCCUAUGUUCUACUGGCUGUUCUCACUACAGCUGAAGUCACUGCUACUGAUUUGGGCUAUGCUAACAGGAUUGUCAGCUGGCUGGUGAGGCAGCAGAAUCCCUAUGGAGGCUACUCCUCCACCCAGGACACAGUGGUGGCCCUCCAGGCUCUGGCUCUGUACUCCACCAAAGUGUUCAGCUCAGACGGCUCCAGCACAGUAACUGUGAAGUCAGAUAAAGAGAGCCACCACUUUGAUGUGAAUCAGGACAAUACGUUGCUGUACCAGGAGAAACAACUGCAGGAGGUUCCUGGUAAAUACAGCAUUUCAGUGGAGGGCUCCGCCUGUGUAUCUGUCCAGGCGGCGCUUUUCUACAACAUCCCCACACCUACUGAAACCAACACAUUGAGCAUCGAGGCUAAAACUGAUGGACAUUGUACAAAACCAUCUGGAUACACUCUUUCCAUCAACUUCACAGUCAAAUAUAAUGGGGAGUUAAACAGCACUAACAUGGCCAUAGUGGAUAUAAAAAUCUUAUCAGGAUUCACAGCAGAUCCCAGUGAUGUAAGUCGUUUUGAAAGAUUAAUAAACAAUUUGUUAUUCCCAUGUUUAAUAAACACUUGCAGAGAAGUAAUUAUUUUGUUCUUUCAGCUAAAAAACCGCCUACUUGUGGAACGGGUCGAUACCAAAGAUGACCACGUUAUCAUGUAUAUGAAAGAGGUCCCAAAGAAUUCUCCUAUGAAUUAUCAGCUACGUCUUAAGCAGGUGCUUCCAGUGAAGAACCUCAAACCAGCUGUGAUCAAAGUUUAUGAUUACUACCAAACAAGUGACCAGUCUGAGACGGAGUACUCCUCCCCCUGUGUGUGAGCUCUCAGAUCUGCAGCUUCACAGCACGAGACACAGAGAAGACUUGGUUGCUUGUUUUAUCCUGAUUUUAUCUUAACUUGAAUCAGAUGUUGUUGUUUUUUUUACACUGAAAUAAACAUGACCUUUAAACAACAGCUGUGCUGCUGUUAUAAACAGUUUUAAAAGGUAAUCUAUGUGUUAAAAUAGGUUACAUUUUAUGACAUAAAUUUUCUUACAAAUAUGUUAUGUUUUUAACUCAACAGAGAUAAAGUUCCCCUUCGCUGCAGAGGAUUUCACAGCAUGGUACAGCAAAUCAAGGUCCCGGAAUCAGAGGGGAACUUUUAAUUGAUAACAUUUAAAAAAAAAAAACGAGAAAAAAACACGGAAUCACUGAAUACUCAGCGUUUCUUCUGUCUCUUCUGUUAAGUUCAAGUUUUAGAUGCCACUUGAGCUCCUCUGGUUAAAUGUCCUUCACUUGCACUCUUGUCAUGACUGUGUUUAUUAAUCAUCCUCAGCAUUGAGACCACAUACCUGUAUGAGUGAAAAUAUACUAAAUUAACAGACUUGUGAUGUUUAUAUUUUGAAAUAUUUACAUUACAUGCCUUUUCUUCCAGUUUAUUUCCCUUUAACGUGAUGGAACGAUGCAAAGAGAGACAAAUACAGUCGUAGCAAAAGUUUUGGCACCUCAGCUCCCAUGAUAUGUUUGUUGAUUUGCAAUGUCUAUCAAUAAAUCAAUCUGUCAAUAAAGUAUCUAUCUAUCUAUCUA